GCAUUGUCUUGUCCUCUGAACCAGAAUGGCUCCGAUCAUCCACUGCGUCCGCCACGCUCAGGGCAUUCACAAUCUUUGCACCGCCAACCAUGUCAUUCCCGACCCUGUCCUGACAGACCUCGGCCAUGAGCAAUGCCGCAAGCUCCGAGAGGCGUUCCCGGCCCACGCGAAUGUCGACCUGGUGACUGCGUCGCCCCUGCGCCGCACUAUCUACACAGCAUUGGAGGCCUUUGAGCCCGUGUUCAAGGCUCACCCCGAUAUGCAGCUGAUUGCACUUCCUGAUAUUCAAGAGACCUCCGACGUAGCUUGCGACACUGGCAGUGACCCGCAAGUUCUGCGGGAGGAGUUUGCGGGUAAGAACGUGGAUUUGGGUUUGGUGCAUGAGGGAUGGAAUAACAAGGCUGGCCGCUACGCGCCGAACAACCGAGCGUUGAAAGAGCGCGCACGCGCCGCACGCCGGUGGUUGAAGGCCCGGCCUGAGAAGGAGAUUGUCCUGGUGACCCACGGCGGGUUCCUGCACUACUUCACCGAGGACUGGGAGGACAGCAGCCAGUUCCAGGGUACUGGCUGGAAGAACACCGAAUACCGCACCUUUACUUUCACCGAUGAGGAACACAAGGAUGACUUGGAGGGCUGUCCGCUGGACGGUGACAAUGCCACCUUGACCGAGACCUUGGAGUCGCGGAAGCGCCGUGGCAAGUCUGGUCCCACUCCUAGCCGUGAUCAGCAGAAGACGUUGUACCAGAUUGGUACCCAGGGCUGGGAUGAUCAGGGUCUUCAGCUCAGUACUGCCGAGCGGGAGUCUGCCAAGGUACCUGAGGGUAAGGAGGUGGAUGGUGUGCGUGUAUAGAGUGUUUCGGGAUGACGUCUCAGACAUUACUAUUGUUCUUUGUAAAGGGACUUGCAUGUCUCGAGAAGUUCGAUAAACGAUAGAGCGCAUAGAUUCGAUUUAGAUAGAUCAAAAGCAAGCUUUCUUUGAC